AUGACUAGAGUCAUGUUUGACCUUCGUAGAGGACCUACCGUGCCAGUUGCUAGUGUCAGUGCAGCAAUGGAUAAGACCGACCGAAGAAAAACCUAUCAGUACAAAUUGAGAGACUCCAAGGUCGAUGAGUUGAGGAAGCUCAGUGAGUGCCUUACUGAAGAUUACCGAGUAGCCUUCAAGCAAGCCUAUGGCAACCUGUUGGGGGUUUUGUCUACCAAGGAGGAUUCAGGGUUGAUGUUCACAUUCACACAGUUUUAUGACCCCACUUUGCAUUACUUCACGUUCCAGAACUUUCUUCUAGCUCCCACACUAAAGGAGUUUGCCCAUCUACUACAGUUACCAGUCAAAAACCAGGCUCCCUACAUGAUUGAGGAGAACUUCCCAGACUCCGCAAAUAUAGCUCAAGCCUUGUGCAUGAAGAAGGAUCUAAUCGAGUCCACUCUCCAUAUCAAUGGUAACACGCAGGGCCUACAGUCCAAAUUCAUAUUCGAGAACGCCGUUAUGUUUGCUAACAGUGGAAGCUGGGACGCAUUUUACGCCAGCUUUGCAUUACUCAUCUAUGGAUUGGUGUUGUUCCCGAAUGUUGAAGGCUUUAUUGACAAGACCGAUAUCACCAUAUUCAUCUCCCAAAACCCGGUUCCCACCUUACUAGCUGAUGUAUUCUUCUCCUUCCAUUGGAGAAACAUGAAGAAAGGGGGAACCAUCAAUUGUUGCAUUCCUCUGCUUCAGAAAUGGAUUGUGUCCUAUCUCUCGAAGAAAGGGUCGUUUGUUGAUAAUGUGGGUGAUUUGAAAUGGCCACAAAGGUUGAUAUCAUUAGACGCUGAAGACGUCGUCUGGUUUAGUCUCGAUUACUUGAGAGUGGAGUUGAUAUUCUGA